CGGCUGAUACCAGAACUGGAAGCCACUCCGGCUGUACCUCGAGAAUGCAGAUUCCUGGACAAAUGAUGUUGACUAGCAAAAACCAGACCUAUCUGGUGACAGGAGGCUGUGGUUUCCUGGGAAAACAUCUGGUUGAGAUGCUUCUGGAACAGGAGCCCAAUCUUGCCGAAGUACGGGUCUUUGACUUGCAUCUGGAUGAAAGUAUGCGCGGCUUGGACAGAGUGACUCUGAUCCAGGGAGACAUCAGCAACCCAGAGGAUGUGAGGCCAGCGGUGAAAGGCGCCCACGUGGUCAUUCACACAGCCGGCCUGGUGGACGUCUGGGGCAGAGUCCUGCCCGAGAAAAUCAUAGCAGUUAAUGUGCAAGGAACCAAGAACGUAAUUGAGGCCUGCAUCACACAAGGAACCCAGUACCUGAUUUACACCAGCAGCAUGGAGGUGGUGGGACCUAACAUAAAAGGCCACCCUUUCUACAGGGGUAACGAGGACACAAAGUACGAGGCCGUCCAUUGCCAUCCUUACCCACUUAGCAAAGCCAAGGCUGAGGAGCUGAUCAUCAAAGCCAACGGGCAACCGAUGCCAGGUGGGAAGCAGCUGGUCACUUGCGCCCUUCGUCCAACAGGCAUCUAUGGGGAGAACCAUCAGCUGAUGAAGGAUUUUUACAAGCAAGGGCUGGUGACAAAGAAGCACAUGAUCCGGGCCAUCCCAGCCUCCGUUGAGCAUGGCAGGGUCUAUGUGGGCAAUGUAGCUUGGAUGCAUCUGCUGGUGGCUCAGAAGAUCCAGGAGGACUCCUCAACCAUCGGGGGCCAAGUUUACUUCUGCUAUGACAACUCUCCUUACAUGAGCUAUGAGGACUUCAACAUGGAGUUCUUGAGGCCCUGUGGCUUCCGCCUCCUGGGGUCCCGCCCCCUGCUGCCUUUCUUUCUUCUGCAGUUCCUGGCACUGGUCAACAGCCUCCUGCAGUGGCUUCUGAAGCCCUUCUGCGUGUAUGCCCCGAUCCUCAAUCCCUACACCCUGGUGAUCGCCAGCACCACCUUCACUGUUGAGACCAACAAGGCCCAGCGGCUCUUUGGCUACCAGCCCCGCUUCACCUGGGAAGAAAGCCGGAAUCGCACGGUCCGGUGGCUUCAAGAGUUCAGAAUGGAGAGGCAGGUGGGGAAAUAGGCCCUGGCAGGAUGGGGAAACCUGAUUGGAGUAACGCUCUGGAGGGAAUCCCCGUUUGUGGCAGGAAAGCUGCUGGAUUUCAGAUGUGCAAAACACAGGACAUUUGCAAUGUCAAGCUUUGGCACUAUUGGGACCAGUUUGAGAUUGUGCUGUGCGGCUUUUAUAAAGUACCUACACUUGCGCUUUACAGAGAUCAGACGGCCUUUGGCAGCAGGCCUAGAGUUUCACAGAUGUGACUCAAAGGGGUUGGGAAGGAAUGGGUGGACCCUCUGUUUUCCAUGUGCAGAUGUCACUACCAAAGAAAUAUGUUUUAGAUGUUGGCUGAGGGCAUCAGUGCAUCAUUCUCAGCUCAGCAAGUGCUUUUUUUCUGCAAAAGUUCCGAAUGGUUUUCCAAAUGACUUUGAGACCUAGGAUGCUUCCACAAUGUCACACAUUCCAAAUCCCCCGCUUCCAUUUCUUGCUCCUAUCCCAGGGUGUUUGUCCAUUUGCCUUUGCAGUGUUGACUUAGCAUGCUCCAAAGAGGGAAUAGCCGGAAGGUGGCAAGGUUGGGCUCAUCUUGUGUCAUCCCUUUCCUCCAGAAUGCGAAUUGUUGAUCCAUUCCACAUCACUACAGACCAGUUCCAUGUUCUUCUUCCUACCUCAGUCACCAUCACUAUACAGUGCAAUAAGGAUCGAGGACCACGAUUAGAUAUAAUCUAACCAGUUACCAAUUAUCUAAGUAGGCAGAUGAAGAUGCUAUCCUAUAAUUUUCUAGCCGCAAUUAUCUUGCAGAACUUGUGCAAUAGAAAUAUAUGACUGGAAAGCCUUCUUGGUAGCAAAUGAUUAAGUUAAGCAAGCAAAUAAAUAAAUAUAUUUUAUUCUCA